CGAAGAACGCUAAGAAGAAAACAAGCACCAUAGAAGGCACAACCUAUGAGUUACACUCUUGCUACUUGAUGCAGAGUUACACACGUCACUAACUAAUGUUCUGUUUGUGCGUCUGGAUGAAGAAUGAAGAGGCGACCCCUGACUCUAGCUUCUGCUGGAGCCGAUAACAUGAAGAUGGACUUCUCCCAGUCAGAGGUGCAAAAGCUGAUGGAGCAGGAGGUUCCCAGUGCAACUGAAACUAAACUCCAGGGUUUAAUAGAAAGUAUUCAAAAGCUUGAACAUGGAGUGAACUUUGAAAGGUCCAUUGAAAAACUUGAGGCACGAGUUAAAAUAUUGUCUAAAAGAGCAGAAGCUGCUAUUGACUACGUAACAAAGAUGCAAAAAAAGAAUGCAGCGCCUACUCUGGUCAGAACAAAUUCAGAAGAAAGAGACAUGGAAGCUGUUUCACAGAAUGGAACCAAGAACGGAGGGCUCUUUCAGAUGAUGGAAAUCACAAGACAGACACUUAAGAAGAUGCGUGCUGACAGUAAAGCUUUGAUGGCUGCCAUGGCAGAUUUAAAUGAGGAGCGGCGUCCUCCAACUCCUAACAGCCCAUUGGAGUAUGAGGGACCCGUCAGGUUCAUAAGGAAGGAGCCCGAAGUUAAGCAGUUGAUGCAGUUUGAGAAUCCAAAGGGUCAAAGAGUGAAAGUAGACGGUAUCUUUCGUGACAAGACGAGAGACACUGAUAGAGACGCAGAGCAGGAAACCACGAGAAGAGGAGUAAAGAGGACGCAUGAAGCUGCCACGACUGAUUCAAAUGAGGAGUUGCUGCCUCCAGUUCUGACUCCUCAACGGCCUUUUCAGCUUAAGCAUGAGCACAUAGCUAAGCAAGAAAAAGAAAACAGUGAAGAAGAGUUUGAAGAGCCCAAGCAUCGAAAGGUGAAAACAGAAUGUGUCUCUUCUGUCGCCACGAGGAGUCCCAGUCACACUCACUCAGAGCAGAACGGACUCUCGUUACCUCCUCUUCCUUCUAGACCCUUCCCCUCCGUCCUGAACAUGGAAGCGGCCUCGUAUAGCAUCCCUCAGAAACUUGAAGUAAAUCUGGCCCUCAUCAGAAACCCCACCGGCCUCUCUGUCCUCUGGAAAGUGGUGGAGGAAGACCCCUCUGCUCCACCCAUGGACAGUUACACGAUCUUCCUAACUAUGGAAAAGGUUAAGGGCAGUGGCGCUUUCCCAGACUGGAAUAUCCUCGGUGAGGUGAAGGCCUUGAAUUUGCCCAUGUGUGUGCUGGUCAAAAAGUACAAGCCUGGCCACAGGGUGUGUGCGGCUGUGGUGGGCAAAGAUGUAUUUGGCCGGUAUGGACCUUAUAGUGCAGUCGCUACUUCAGUCAUACCCGAGUAGUCGGGAAGAGGACAUGGAGCCGCCUAUUUAAAUCUCCAGCUACUCACUCUUGAGUUUGUGCUGGACAGCAUGGACAUUGUGCUGAUGUUGUUUCAGGACCAGUGUUUUGUUCACAUAGUUUUUAAGUACCAAAACAAUGUUGUAUUAUUAUUGUUGUUAAUAAAACUUUAUUGUGCUCUUUGUGGGGUUUUAUUCUGUAUGACUAAUACUUCGGUUUCUUUCAUGAAUACUUUGGAUUUAAAUUACUCUAAAGCUGCACACAUCACAAAGAAGGUGUGUUCAAGAAGCAAGUUUCAGGAAAACUUUCAAUAAAUGCAAAUAUACACAGGUUUGUGUGAAGUGAUUUCUGUGAUGGCAGUUGUAGAAAUGUUUAGCUUAUUUUAGAGUUUAGAAAUGUGUUAACAUAGAAUGUAGAAUUAUUGUAGAGACACUGACAUUGCCCUCAAUGUAAUAAAGCCCUGACU